GGACUGAUUCGGCGAUCUAAUCAUUAACUAUAUAAAGAGUUGCAGCGCUCAACGGCCACAACACACUGCGUCUGCCGAUCGUAGCUCAAACAACAAGCCACACAAUGAAAUUCGUAAUCAUUGCCGUUGCCUUCCUGGCCUGCGCCCUCGCCGAUGUCUCGGAGCUGGGCCAGCCUGGCUAUGACUACCAACAGCCUGCACCGGCGCCCGUCGAGUCCUACAUUCCGCCCGCACCACCCGCACCGCCAGCGCCCGAAUACAUUCCACCCGCACCGCCAGCACCCCAGCCGGAGUACAUCCCACCAGCACCAGUGGCCGCGCCCGCCGACGCCUACAUUCCGCCAGCCGCCGACGAGCAGGUGCUCGAGGAGAUCGAGCAGCCCGCCCAGGACGGCUACCGCUACAAGACCGUGCGCCGACGCGUCUUCCGCCACCGCAACUAAGUGGAGCUGACUGCGGGUCCGCUUCGAGGAGAGUCUCAUUUGUUUUUUGUUGUUAUCGCUGGACUCGAGUGGGUUGGACGCAAGCAGAAAGCAAAUAUAUGUGGAUGGAAAAGAGAUUUAAACUGAA